AAAGGUCCUAUCUGUAAGAAAAUACAAAGUCUUGUUCCAAACUCGUCAGAAAGUGAUGCUCUGUUGAGGACGAGGUCGAUCGACAGCCCAUAGUGUCAGUUUUUGACGAAGUGGACUCAAAAAUCACAUUUUCUCACAAAUACGACCUUUAGUGUCAAAAGUACAAGAAAAACUAGACUAGAUGUACGAACGACGUUUCCAUGUAUGUACAUACUGCAUACUGUGGGUCGACUGACUGUCGUUCUUAACUCAGAUAUUCAGCAUAUUUGAUACCACAGAUGAAAAUGACCAGAACACUGAGGAGAAUAAAAAGAUGAACAGAAUAAGGAUUGUGUUCAGUGUCACAGCAUCUAUGUUUAUUAACUUGUGGAGGCUUUAGGAGUGUUAAAUGUCAUCACGGCUGCAGCUGAUCAUAAACUGGAUUAACAUGUUGACCUGAUGAUGGUGCGACAAGAAGAGUCACCACAGUUAUUUCUGCUCCAUCUGAACAAACACAUCUGAACGACUGAUCAAUAUUCUUCCGUCCACAGAGCAAAAACAUCAUGUUAAAGGUUUUCAGUCGUUAAAAACUGACGGAUCAGCUGAUUUAAAAUCUCCACACCAGAAGAAACAAAUGUAGAAGAAGAAGACACAGGAGACAUGAGAGGUUUUCCUCUUAACUUCAAGACACCAGUGUUGUUGAGCAUCAUCUAGUGGCCAGUGGAGGAACUGCAGCUUCUAGUCUUUCAGCAGCAACAGUUGUAUAUUAAUAUUUAGUUAAUUUUGAGGACAUCAUCCUCGGUGGCCGUGUUCAGGUGCUGCUGACGCACCCCGACGGACAGAAAUAACCAUGUGACCAAUCAGACGACCGAGAGCCGCCUCACAUGAGCGAGUGAGCGGACGAUCAGGACGCAAGUAUGAUGGAAGUAUGUGAGCGUGCGAGGUAAGAGAGGCUGUUGCCAUGGCGCCCAGCUGCCUCCUGUUCCCUCCACCUGUUAGAGACCACACACACACACACACAGCUACAUCAGUGUGUGUGUGUGUCCUUCAGUGUGUCGUCUUCAGACUGACUCACUGGCGGUCAGCUGGUUGCAGGAGUCCUGCAGCUCGUCAGACUCGUUGAUGCAUCAGAGCCAAAAAUAUCCUCUUUUUUUUUUUUAUAAUUAUUGCACACAGUCUUCUCCGUCCAAACCUUCUGCUGCCUACGUUACCCACAAUGCAUCACGGCUGCAGCCAGCUCGAUGCUGGUAGCAGAUGUCUGCCCGGAUCACUUCUUUCUGACUCAACACCAACACUUUUGUUUCAGAUUCAAACUCCUCGCCCGACGCAGGUGACGUCACUCGAGGCAGUUUGACUUCACACAGUCGACUACAGACGCUACAGGAUUAAAAGUACAGAACAUCACAACGUCUGGAAACAUGGAGGAUCAUGAUGCAGUUAAUUCAAACACAAAAUCCUCUGAUGUCCACUAGAUGCUGCUGAAGAGACCCGACAACAGAGAAAAGUUCCUCAAAUGAUGAAAAGUCCAGAAAUGUUUUGUGGACACGGAGGAGACGAGGACCGAGUUUAUCCUUCUACGGUGAACUGCUCCUUUAAACAGAAGGGAGAGAAUGACCCUGAUGAUGUCAUAGUGAUGUCAUUAAGGGGUCGUCUCUGAUCCUGGACUAGACUAACAUGGCAGCAGCCGUCUCCUUUAAGGUUGCCAUGGCAGCCGGUGACACGCAGCCUGAUAACAUCAAGGCUGGACAACCAAGAUAAACACACAGGCGGUCAGGCCUUCCUCCUCCUUCUCCUCCUCUUCAUCGUCGCAGCACUCGUCUUCUUCCGGAUCAGUCCCCGGUCCGGUCCUGGAUCCGGACCUCGGUCCUCCAUCCCCUGCCUGCCCCGGCUCCCGGUCCUGGGCAGCCUGCCCUGGCUGGGUGGAGGCCUCCCUCCUCACCUCCUCUUCACCCGGCUGGCCCACAGCAUCAUGAAUGAAGUCUGGAGGUGUUCUGACCCGUUCUGCGCCUCAGGUACGGGCCUCUGUUCGCCCUGUUCCUCGGGCCUCACUACACGCUGGUCAUCAACGACCAUCAACACGCCAGAGAGGUCCUGCUGCAGAGGGGGCGGGACUUCGCCGGGCGGCCGAGCAUGGUGGGAGUCAGGUGACCACCGACCUGCUGACCAGAGGAGGGAAAGACAUCGCGUUCUCUGACUACUCUCCUCUCUGGAAGUCGCACCGCCGCCUCGUCCACAACUCCUUCACUCUGUUCGGAGAGGGAAGCAGCCGGCUGCAGGACAUCGUUCUGUCCUCGGUGGACGGUCUGUGUGCCGAACUGCUGUCUGCUGGUGGGCGUGGCUUCGACCCGUCGCCCGCGGUGACCCGGGCCGUCACCAACGUCGUGUGCACGCUGGUGUUCAGCGCCACCUAUCGCCACGGAGAUGCCGAGCUGCAGGAGGUGAUGCGUUACAACGACGGCAUCGUGCAGACGAUCACCAGAGGAGGCCUGGUGGACAUUUACCCCUGGAUGAAGGUGUUUCCGAACAAGUGUCUCAGUAAACUGAAGGAGUGUAUUACCGUCAGAGACCGCCUGCUGUCACACAAACUGGAGGAGCACAAGGUAACGCAGGAGCCGAGGAGUUUAUUCCUCCAGAGACACAAAACCCGUGAUCAUGCACAUCUAAAAUCUAAAAGUCUGGACUUUAUGAAGCUCCUCAUUCAAAUCUGUACCUCUUCUGUGAUCCAGGCAUCGCUGAGUGACGGCGACCCCCGUGACCUCCUCGAUGCCUUGCUCAAGGGCAAGAUGGACAGCGGGCGUGGUCAGCAGUUGUCUGGGUCGACGGAUGAGAAGAUGACAGACGACCACGUCCUGAUGACAGCGGCGGAGGCCUUUGGAGCCGGAGUGGAGACGACGUCCACCACGCUGCUGUGGAUCCUGGCCUACCUGCUGCACCACCCGGAGGUGCAGGAGCGCGUGCAGAAGGAGCUGGACGAGCAGGUGGGCAGCGAGCGGCAGGUGUGUGUGUCUGACCGCGGCCGCCUGCCGUACCUGGACUGUGUCAUCAACGAGGGCAUGAGGAUCCGACCGGUGAGCCCGGUGCUGAUCCCGCACAGCGCCAUGACUGACAGCAGUGUUGGAGGUCACUCUGUUGGUCGUGGGACUCGUGUUCUGGUCAACAUGUGGUCGAUUCACCACGACCCACAUCACUGGGACAAACCCGACCUGUUCAACCCAGAUCGUUUCCUUGACGACCAGGGCCGGCGGGUCACACCAUCCUGCUUCCUGCCGUUUGGGGCGGGACCUCGGGUGUGCGUUGGCGAAUCGUUGGCCAGACUGGAGCUGUUUCUCUUCUUGGCCUCGCUGCUUCAGCGGAUGAGUUUCAGGCUGCCGGACAGGGCGGCUCCGCCAAACCUGCAGGGGCGGCUGGGUGUGGUUUUACAGCCAUUACCUUAUAAGGUCAUUGUCGCUCCGAGGGCGGGCUGGGAGGGCAGCAGCAAAUGAAACACAGCAAAGUUCAAUGAAGAGCUGAGAGAUUGUGAUUGUUUCGCAAAAAUCUUACAAAAUUAAAUUCCUCUUUUAAAAAUUGAACAAAUGAUUAAUCUACAUUUUGAGUUCAAAAAGACGAUUAAUAUUUGUAACAUGCAGAGUUAGCUAGCAGUGCUAAAUAGCAGCUUUUCCCAAACAAGAAAACAGUUCUUUGUAGCUAUAAUAUUUCAAAUGGUCAUGAAAACAAAUAAGGAGCCUUGUUUCCUUUCAGUGAAGGUAAAAUACGUAGUAAAUUUGUUCUAUACGAUCGUUUGGAUUCAGCAUUAAAAAGAUAAGAGAAAAACAGAGAUAAUUUUCAAAGGUUAUUGCAAAAAGCUAAUGCUAUGCUAACCCAUGGCUCCACUGCUCCAACUUCAUGCUUGUGUGGCUUGAUGCUAAUGCUUUGCUAGCUUAUUGUGUAAAAUGAAUAAAAGAUGAUGAACUUCAUGUGAUUUUCCUUUUUCCCCCUCAAUUGGUAUCUACUUUUCUAACAAUAAACAUUCUUAUUUAAAAAAUGAA